AUGAGUCUAUUAUUAAAUGAAAUUAAAAAAUAUGUAAAACCAAAAGAAAUACCUCAAAAUGUAAUUAGGAUGAAGAAAACUAUUAAUAACAAAGAAGAAGAAGGGAUUCUUAUUUUAGCAAUACUUGAUCCUAGGACUAAGUUUCUUGAAUUUGUUGAUGAAGAAAUUCAUAAUAAACAAAAGAUUUAUUAA